AUGGCAGAUAAUCUGCAGGACGUAAUCAUGAACCAGACUCAACACUAUCCAUGUGAGGAACCAUGUGAGGAACUUGAACCUAACCCGAUGACACGAAAGAGACGUGUUGCCGAGCAAAAAGCUCGCGACUUGCCGGCGCAGAAGAUUCGAAUUCUUGAAGAGAGGGUUGCUGCAUUGAUAGCGGAUAAAGAGAAGGUCCAGUACGAAGCAACGGCGACAAAGAUAUUCCUCCAGGAAGAGCGUUCCAGAGCGACCGAAAAAUACGAUAAAGCUAGAGCAGAGAUGGUCUGCCUUGUUCAGAACAACAAUGAUAUGAUCAGAAAAGCUUCGGAAUUUAUCAACAUGUUGACGGGGAAGGUAGAUCAGACACAAGCCGAGAACAAAGCAUUGAGAUAUCGAUUGCAAACCCUUGAGUCCACUCCAAGCUAUGGACUCCAGAACACUCGAACCACCGUACCCAUGAAGCUGUCUCUUGUUGGCUCGAAUAAGGAUGCAAUGGAUAUGGAUUCUUCCGCCGCCAUAGUCAACAACAAGAAGGGAGUAGAAGAGUUGCCAUUCGUUGUUCUCGAGCGAGGUGGGACAAACCACUUGACCUUCUGCCCUGGAUCGCUUCUUCCUCUUGAGAUCCAAGCCAUCGCAAUGGAGAUCAUCACCGAAUACUACAUUAUAAACCAUCCAGCCAAAGGCCAGUGCAUCAAUCGACACCUGCAGGGAGAUAUGUGUAUCGACGCUACCGACGGAGGAAUGUAUGUGGCCUGCAGACACUGCACCAACAAGAGACGUCCAUGUAUCAGAGAUAUAGAUAAUCGUUUGGCCCUGGUACCCCUUCACCGUCGUGUCCGAUCAGCAGCCAGGGUAAAUGAUACGGGAUACUUUAUCCGCCUCGGAGGACCACUGAUGGUCAAGGGCUUGUGGAAGAAUGAGAGCAAAAAACGAGACAUGCAAGAGGCGGAAACAACUUAG